AUGACGACGGAGCUAAAAAUGGAAACAGUCCAAUCACCCAUCGAUUUAGGGAGGGUUUUCAAAAUCCCUCCUAUUUCAAAGCGUUCAACGGCCAGCAACAUUACAUUUGAUAAGGGCGGGGAAUUUAACGUACAAGAAAAAUGCAACAAUACGAAAAAGCAGUCAUCUGCUUUUCAUGGCGUGAAAUCGCGGCCGCAAUUGUCGGUCCCACCAUCGAAUGCGGUCGUACAGAAUGCAAAAAUACUAACACCGCUUAUAAGUCCGACAACGGAAAAGGAAUUGCUGAAGGAUAUAAUGUGGAUUGGAUCUGCGCCAUCCUCGAGCACUACGGACUCGAUAAAUUCAUCCCCGAAUCAAAGGGACGAGGACAACACGACAAUAUUUUCACCGACUUGGGAGGAAAAUUAUCAGGAUCUAAGUGGUUGGUGCUCCAGGAUCCCCAUGGAUCACAGCAGUUACAGUUUUCCUGUAGGUGAAUCUCUUAACCGUGGACAUUCAGGCAUGAAAAUUAACGAUAAGACUUACUCGACAAACGUGGGGGUUGUUAUUGACGUGGGGGUCACUUCUGCAUCGACAGUCGCCUUCGAUGAGUUUAAGCAGCAAAGUUAUAAUAAUAACAAUAACAUUAACAAUAAUAAUAAUAAUAAUGACAGUAACAAUAUCAAUAAUAAUAUAAAUAAUCAUAAUAAUAAUAACAACAUAAAUAACAAUCAAAUCGUUACCAUCCUACCACCGAUUGAUGAUGAGAAACCGGAAAUUAUUGGGGGGAGCAUCGAUGUACCUGAUGAAUGGUUGGAUUUACCAAAAUCUUCCAUAGCCUUACGUACCGACGAGUGGAUUCGGCUUGUUGACAAUGAAAAAGUAGAUGAACCGCUUCAGCGAAUUGAAAUCGACGGAAUUAAUGACAAUUUUGACAACAGUAGUCCCGUCGAACCGACAGUUAAUUGGGACAUUAUCAGUACUUUUGAUAACAAUGAGAAGGAUAACUUCGAUUUGCUGUCCUAUUUAUGUGAUGACAAUAUCCGUUCACCAGAAAGUAUAUCAACAGACUCAGUAGACAUUUAUCAGGCGUCAACAAGCUACGACCCACAAAACAAUGAUAAAAUAUUACGAUUACACAACACACGACAGAGCCGAAGAAGUUACAAAUCAGAAAAUCCGUCUUUAAUUAAAAACUCAUCAGAUCUACAUGACGUCAAACCAUCGAAAUCACUUCUCAAGUCAUUGGUAGCACCGCCAUCGCCAUCGGCGUCAUCAUCAUCGGGGGGCAGACUAAAAACCGCGAGGACGAAGACCAGAACAACCAAGGCAAUUAAGACGCGUAUGAAAAAAGAAGAAAUAUCAAGUGAUGAAAAGAGAGGCCGCAAAAGGCAGUAUGACAGUGAUUCGGACGACGCGUCUUCGGACUUCAGCUAUCGCGAGUCCAGGGAAAAGAAUAACGAGGCCUCGCGUAAAUCUCGUAUGAACAAAAAGGCCAAGGAGAGAGAAAUGAUGAGCAAAGCUGUGGGUUUAGAAAAAAACAACAGGGUUCUAAAAGCUAAAGUUGAGCAGCUCGAAAAAAUGGUCAUGACCAUGCGCAAUGCUAUACUUCAAUCUGCGCUAAGAAGAAAUGUUUAAUUUUACAAUAUUUUUAUUUUAUACAAUAAUAUUAUCCAUAUAUAUUUCUACGCCAUUUAACGUCUAUAUUUUUUUUCUUUUUUUUUUUUAAUUUCUCUCGUUAUCAUUAUUUUUAUUUUUUGAAUAACGAGAUAACUAAUUAAAUGGCGUUAAUUUUAUUAUGCAAAAUAAACAAAGAUUUAACAUUUAUAAAGACAAAUCUUUGAUAUAUAUUAUAUAUUUAAUUUGAAUGCUUUAUUAUAUAUGAAAGAUAUAUAUUUAUAUUUUUUAUAAUUAUAUGAAUUAUAAUUUAAAAAAAAAAAAAAGUUUGAAAAUUUUAGCGAAUUAUAAAAAUAUGAUUCAUAAAUUAUAAAAAAAAAUAUUUAUGCUGCAAUUUAAAUUAGCAAUUGUAAUUGUUAUUAUUUUUAUGUUGGUUGAUGGUUAUAUAUUAUAUAUAUUAUAUAUAAAGGGGAACUGCAUGAUUUAAGUUAAUUACUGAUUAGUAAUUAAAUUUUAAAAGCUCUAAUAAAUAAAUAAUUACUGAUGCAAUUGAUGGUUACUAAAAAAAAAUAUGUAAAAAAAAUAUUUAUAUAUUUUUAGUCGGCAUUAUAUAUGUUUUACGUCGACAGCAGUAAAUAAAUCAUUUUAAUUAAUUUAAAAUUAACAGACCAAUGGCGAUAUAUGUUUAAAAGCCAAUUGCUGAGCAAUGCAAAUAGAUAAUUUAUAGCGCGACAAAUCACUAAAUUAUAUAGAUAAUUUGUUAAAAUGCUUGAAGCGAUUCUGUUGGAAAAUAUAUUUAUAAAAUAAUAGUA